GGUCUGCGAACAGUUCUGGGUCGAUUGCUAGUCUUGAUUUUACGAAAGAUUGGAUUACAGACUGCAAGAACAUGCCAACGUAUAAGCUAAUAUAUUUCGACGUUACCGGCCUUGGGGAGGCAAUUAGGUUCAUGUUCAGUUAUUGCGGCAUCAAAUUCGAGGAUGUUAGAUUUAGCUUCGAUGAAUGGCCGAAGUAUAAACCAAACACGCCUAUGGGACAAGUGCCGGUACUUGAAAUUGAUGGUAAGCAAUACCAUCAGUCCAGGGCCAUUGGACGAUUUAUCGCCAAGAAGGGCAAUUUAUACGGAUCUGAUGAGUUCGAGGCUAUGGAAAUCGAUGCAACAAUCGAUUCUAUAGAAGAUAUAAGACAAGCAAUGACUCUUUAUUAUUGGGAACAAGAUCCCGCUUUCAAAGCAAAACUCAAAGACACUCUUUUUCAAAAAUUGCCUAACUAUCUUGACGUAUUCGAAGCUCAAGUUAAGAAGAAUGGCGGAUAUUUCGUCAGUGGCAAGCUGUCGUGGGCAGAUUUCCUGUGGGCUGCAUAUUAUGACUAUAUGAGAUUUAUAACAGGAGGGGAUCCGAACAAGAAUCAUCCUGAAUUAAAGAAGCUAGUGGAGAAAGUUCGUACAUUGCCCAAAGUUAAAGCUUAUAUCGAAAAGCGACCUAAAACUCAAUUUUAAGUAAAACGAUUUAUGAGAUGCGACGCUAUUAGCACUAUUUGUGUUAUUCUAUUCUUGUUUUACAAUUGUUUUACAACUUCUAAUAAAUAACGAAGAUACACUCAACAGCAAAAUUAAAGCAUAUCCUGCCUCCCUCAAAAUAGGUAAAUUUCAAAAGAGUGUAACUUCGUUAAAAAUGAUCGUAAAUAAUUUGUAAUUUCCAACAUAAGUAUUCUAAAACUUGAAAUCUCUAUUUUCGAAAAUCGUAAUUGGUAUUUUGAUUUGAUUAAUUCUUUACGAAGUUAUGCGAACACAAAU